UGCGUCAAAAAGAAAGUCGCAUUUAAUCUCGUUUCUGUGCAAAUGAACUACCUGUAGGUCGCCAACACAUACCGCCCAGUGCGGGUACUGGCCGAUAGCCACAAACUCCACCAGGUCACCGGGGUUGCACUUAUUCGGUUUCCAAAGGCAACUGCACUCCAUCAAAGGUGUAUUAUUGCUGAAGGUGCAUGGUGUGUGUCUGUUUGUGUCAUGCCAAUGAAGCCUACCAAAAGCCUGGACUGGCUGCAGAGAGAGAAAUGAAAAGAAGGCAGAGAACAUUGUCAGGUGACAAAAAGUUGAGGUGAAAAUGACAAAGCUUAGAUGGUCCAAUAUCAGAAGUCCUACAUUUUAAAGACAAAGACCUGAUCUCCAGCCUCCUUCUGGAGCUGAACGCCUUGAGGAAGGACCAGAUUCUCACUGAUGUUGUUCUUUGCUCUGAAGGCAAUGAGAUCCCAUGUCACCGCAAUGUUCUGGUGUCCAGCAGCCCCUACUUCUACGCUAUGUUCUGCAGCUGCUUCCUGGAGACCCAGAAGCCCCGGAUAGACCUCCAAGGUGUUCCUUAUGACAUUCUUAUGGGUAUAGUAGAGUAUGUUUACACAGGGUCCAUCAGCAUCACCAUGGAGCAGGUUCUCCCUCUGAUGCAAGCCGCAUCUAUGCUUCAGUAUGGAAGACUUUUUGAGGCCUGCUCGACCUUCCUGCAGACCCAGCUCAGUACGGACAACUGCCUGAGCAUGAUCCGGCUCUCUGAAAUCCUGCAUUGCUCUAGCUUACAGGAAAAAGCGAGAGAACUGGCUGUGAAGAGCUUCUCCGAUGUGGUGGUCUCCGAGGACUUCUGCGAACUCUCUCUACCCGAAUUGGUGAGCUACUUGGAGGACGACAAACUGUGCGUUGAGGAGGAGCAAGUAUUUGAGACUCUUCUAGCUUGGAUCCACCACGACCCAUUCUCCAGACGUGGCACUAUCCACGACUUGUUCCGUCGCGUCAGGCUGAGACACGUCCAUCCUUCAUAUCUUUUCCAGUUUAUUGCCAAUGACCCUCUAGUCCAGUCGUCUUCAUUAUGCAUAGAAAUUAUUGAAUCCGUUCGUCGUCUUCUUUUUUCUGUUGGCACUUAUUGCCCUGGUGAUCUCGAGUCCCUUUGGGCGGUGCCACGACGGCAAAACUGCAAGGAGGCGCUUGUAGUUGUGGGAGGUCGUAAGAACGGCGAGCGGACGUCUCGUGAGGCGCUUCUCUACGACGAGCAGACUCGCUGCUGGCAGUGUCUCGCAAAAAUCCCGCUACGCCUUUACCGGCCCUCUUAUGUCUGCAUGCACAGCAUCCUUUAUGUGCUCGGCGGCUUAACCAUGAGAGCAGAAGGGCAGUGCACAGCUAGCAACAACGUGUACACACUUUCUCUGAAAACAAACCAGUGGAGAAUUGGAGAACCAAUGCUGACGCCUCGAUACGCCCAUCAGAGCUCCACCUACCUGCAAUUCAUUUUCGUUCUGGGUGGAUUGACGGCUGAUGGACAGCUGUCCAAUGGGGUAGAGCGAUACGACACCAUGUUCAACCAAUGGGAGGUCAUGGCCCCAAUGCCCACUGCAGUUCUGCACCCAGCUGUAGCCGCACAUGACCAGAGAAUAUACGUCUUCGGAGGGGAAGACGCCAUGCAGAAACCAGUUCGAAUGAUCCAGGUGUACCACAUUGGAAGGAAUCUGUGGUAUAGGAUGGAAAACAGGACAGUGAAGAACGUCAGUGCACCAGCUGCAGUAAUCAAUGAUAUAAUCUACAUUGUAGGCGGCUAUACAAGAAGGAUGGUAGCCUAUGAUGUUAAAACCAACAGGUUUGAAAAAUGUGAAAAUAUGAAGGCCAGGAAGAUGCAUCACUCUGCUGCUGUUGUGAAUGACAAGAUCUAUGUCACGGGGGGCCGCUUCAUUAACAGUCACGAGAGUGUGGAGGACUCAGACGGCUUUGACUGCUAUGACCCAAAGACAGACUCAUGGGUGUCGAUGGGAACUUUGCCAUUCAAGCUAUUUGACCAUGGCUCAGUAAAUCUGGUCUAUCUCUCUGAUAAGUUUUUGCCUACGUGAAUGUAUUAAUGUGACAGUGUAGUUUAGUUACAUCGUACAGGCUUUAAAUAUGUGUCUCCAACUAAAAUGGAGAGCAUAUUAAGAUAGCAAAGCAAUGAGAGACACAUUUUUCGAAGCUCUUUGUCAGUGUUUGCACGCGUUGCUUUUUUAAUGUGUGUGAGGUUAUUAGUUAAAUAACAAUUAAAAGUUAUUAAAAUAGCUGAAAUUGACAAAUAGAGUGCCUCAGGGAUGAUGCAUUUUUGUAGGCAAAACCCGGAAGCGAGUUAGCAUUUUAGGACUUCCGGUUCCAACGCCGUAAAGCCUAUG